CCGGCCAUUUUUAGGGUACACUAACAUGAUUUUAAGAUAUAUGAAAAAAAUCCGAGUCUAUCUUCUAAUUUUGCAUAGCAAAUAGAAAUUUAGAUAAAUCAAUAAUAAUUCAACAAGCCGUAUUCAAUUUGGCAUGACAUAUAUGGGUGUUUAGCCCAACGAUUUAUCGUACAAAUGUUAUGAAAGUUUGCACCCCCAUUUUGCAUCUUGCUUGCAAUCAGUAUAAACGACAUGUCAUUCUCUUUCUUGUCGUAUUUCCAUUUGAUACAUUUUCCACUGAUCGAAUUUUAACGUGGUAUUUAAUCGUAUUUAUGUCAGUAGGAAGUAUAUCUUGUCUAUACACCAUAGUUAACUUGUUCAUGGUCUUCUCGUGUGUAAUUAUGUACAUUGUAUUUUUCUCCAAACACUGAAAGUAGGAUAGAAACAACCUGUAGGACAAUACACUCGGUAAUUAAUAAUAAAAAUAAUACCGUGCUCUCUGUAAUUGCAGUGUGAAAAUGGUUCGAUACGCCACAGAACCUGAUAACCCAACAAAAUCGGCUAAGGCCAGGGGAUCCUAUCUCCGUGUUCACUUCAAGAACACGAGAGAAACUGCACAAGCUAUCAAACGUAUGCAUGUGAAGCGAGCCACCAAAUACUUGAAAAAUGUCAUGGGCAAGAAGGAAGUGGUUCCCUUCCGCAGAUUCAGUGGUGGAGUUGGUCGCUGUGCUCAGGCUAAAGCCUUCAAGCAUUCCCAAGGUCGUUGGCCCAAGAAGAGUGCUGAAUUUCUGCUGCAGCUUCUGAAGAAUGCAGAAAGCAAUGCAGAAUAUAAGGGAUUGGAUACUGAUCACUUAGUUAUUGAACACAUCAUGGUGAACGCUGCACCCAAGAUGAGGAGAAGAACGUAUCGUGCUCAUGGUCGCAUUAACCGUCAGUACUCACUACUCAACAUUUCAUAUUGUCAUAAUUAUUAUAAAAAACCCAGUAAUCGUGUGAAUGUGUUUUAUCUGAAAAUGCUGCAAGUAAUGAAUCCAUUAUUGUUCUGUAGUACAUGCAUUUUAUGGGGGUGGAGUGAUGCCAGAAGAUGUGUUCUUUAUGAUAAAUCAUAUUCUCCUGUUGUGUAUAUUUAUAGCUUACAUGAGCAGUCCCUGCCACAUUGAGUUGAUCCUGGCCGAGCGUGAACAAGCCGUGCCACGCCCAGGUGCAACAGAUGAUGAACCAGUCAAGAAAAAGGUUUCACAGAAGAAACUUAAGAGACAGAAAAUGAUGAUGAGGGACUGAAUAAAUUAUUAUAGACUGGU